ACUUCAGUCUGAAGCCGGGCACACUACUGAGAGGAAGGACAGCGGCUUUGGAAAAGGGAAUAUUUGACAUCAAGGGAAUCUGUCACCGCUAAACGGGACAGUCUGUCUCUUCUCUGUCCACAAACACAGCUGCUAUUACCGGAUUUACACAUAAUAGCUGUGGUAUAGUUGUGGGGUGCAAUGGAGGAUGGGAAGCCUGUGUGGGCGCCCCACCCAACCGACGGGUUCCAGCUGGGCAUGAUAGUGGACAUUGGUGCGGAUGCACUCACUAUUGAACCUCUCAAUCAGAGAGGAAAGACAUUCCUGGCUCCCAUCAGUCAAGUUUUUCCUGCUGAGGAUGAUGUAAACAAACAUGUUGAAGACAACUGUUCUCUUAUGUAUUUGAACGAGGCCACUCUUCUAAACAACAUCCGUAUCCGUUACAGCAAAGACUUGAUCUAUACUUUUGUGGCUAAUAUCCUGAUUGCUGUGAACCCGUAUUUCGACAUCCCGAAACUCUACUCUCCAGAGUCCAUUAAGAGCUAUCAGAGACGCUCUUUGGGGACACUUCCCCCUCAUGUCUACGCUAUUGCGGAUAAAGCCUACAGAGACAUGAAGGUUCUGAAGAUGAGUCAGUCCAUCAUCGUGUCCGGUGAAUCUGGUGCUGGAAAAACGGAAAACACAAAGUUUGUUCUCAGGUAUUUAACCACAUCUUAUGGAACAGGUCAAGAUAUAGAUGAGAGGAUUGUUGAAGCCAACCCCUUGCUUGAGGCUUUUGGAAAUGCAAAGACGGUCAGGAACAACAACAGCAGUCGGUUUGGAAAGUUUGUGGAAAUUCAUUUUAAUGAGAAGAAUGCAGUUGUGGGGGGUUUUGUCUCGCACUAUCUGCUGGAGAAGUCUCGGAUUUGCAUGCAGAGUCCAGAAGAGAGAAACUAUCAUAUAUUUUACAGACUCUGCGCAGGGGCAUCGGAGGACAUCAGGAACAGGCUUCAUCUCAACUCUCCGGAAAACUUCAGAUAUUUGAAUCGUGGCUGCACGCGAUACUUUGCAAACAAGGACUCGGAUAAACAGAUCAUGCAAAACAGGAAAAGUACAGAGCAUGGAAAAGUGGGUGCUCUGAAGGACCCUCUGCUGGAUGACCUGGGAGACUUCAACAGGAUGGUGGUUGCCAUGAAAAGAAUCGGCCUGGAUGACACAGAGAAGCUCAAUCUCUUCAGAGUGGUGGCUGGCGUCCUUCAUCUCGGCAAUAUCGACUUCGAAGAGACAGGAAGCACCUCUGGUGGCUGCAUUUUGAAGAACCAGUCCAGUCAGACUCUGGAAUACUGUGCUGAGCUGCUUGGCCUGGACCAGGACGACCUGAGAGUCAGCCUCACCACCAGGGUCAUGCUCACCACUGCAGGGGGCGCCAAAGGCACCGUCAUCAAGGUGCCUCUGAAGGUGGAACAGGCCAACAAUGCCCGCGAUGCUCUCGCCAAAGCCGUUUACAGCCGGCUCUUUGAUCAUGUGGUCAAACGGGUCAACCAGUGCUUUCCCUUUGAUACGUCCUCCAACUUCAUCGGCGUGCUGGACAUCGCUGGCUUUGAGUAUUUCGAGCACAACAGCUUCGAGCAGUUCUGCAUCAACUAUUGUAAUGAAAAGCUGCAGCAGUUUUUUAAUGAACGCAUACUGAAAGAGGAGCAAGAGCUGUAUCAGAAAGAAGGCCUGGGAGUGAAUGAAGUUCAUUAUGUUGAUAAUCAGGACUGCAUAGAUCUGGUUGAGGCAAAGCUGGUGGGUAUCUUGGAUAUUCUGGAUGAGGAGAACCGUCUUCCCCAGCCCAGCGAUCAGCACUUUGCAGAGACCGUUCACAGCAAGCACAAGGUUCACUUCCGUCUCACUGUGCCUAGGAAGUCAAAGCUUACAGUCCACAGGAAUUUGAGAGAUGAUGAAGGUUUCAUCGUAAGACAUUUCGCUGGUGCCGUGUGCUAUGAGACUACCCAGUUUGUGGAGAAGAAUAAUGACGCCCUCCACAUGUCUUUGGAGAGCCUGGUGUGUGAGUCGAAGGACAAGUUUGUCCGGGAUCUCUUUGAGAACAACUCCAAUUCCAAGGACUCAAAGCAGAAGGCUGGCAAACUCAGCUUUAUCAGUGUGGGAAACAAAUUCAAGACCCAACUGAACCUUCUACUGGAAAAGCUUCGCAGUACGGGCUCUAGUUUCAUCCGUUGCGUGAAGCCUAAUCUGAAGAUGGUGAGCCACCAGUUUGAAGGAGCUCAGAUUCUGUCUCAACUGCAGUGCUCGGGCAUGGUAUCAGUGCUGGACCUGAUGCAGGGGGGCUUCCCUUCCCGAGCUCCGUUUCAUGAGCUUUACAACAUGUACAAGCAGUACAUGCCCAACAAGCUUACAAGGCUUGAUCCUCGACUCUUUUGCAAAGCUCUGUUUAAAGCACUGGGCCUCAACGAGAACGAUUACAAGUUUGGCUUGACCAGGGUUUUCUUCCGCCCCGGGAAGUUUGCAGAGUUCGACCAGAUCAUGAAGUCUGAUCCGGAGCACCUGGCCGAGCUUGUAAAACGGGUCAAUAAGUGGCUGGUGUGCAGCCGCUGGAAGAAGGUCCAGUGGUGCACACUGUCGGUUAUUAAAUUGAGGAACAAAAUGAGAUUCAGGGCCAGUGCUUGCAUCAAGAUUCAGAAGACGGUUCGCAUGUGGCUGUGCAAAAAAAGACACAAGACUCGCAUUGAUGGCCUGGUGAAGGUGAAAAAUUUGAGGAAAAGGAUGGAGAAGUUCAACGAGGCUGUGAAUGGACUCAAAGAGGGUAAACAGGAAGUGAGCAAACAGGUCGAGGAACUGGCCGCCUCCACCGACGCCCUCAUUGCCAAGAUCAAGUCCACGGUGAUGAGCCGCCAGGAGAUCGAGCAAGAAUAUGAGGGCCUGGUGAAACGCUCGGAGCAUCUCCUCUCCUCAAUGCAGAAGAAAAAGCAGGAGCAGGAGGAGACGGAGAGACUCAAGCGCAUCCAGGAGGAGAUGGAGAGAGAGCGGAAGAGACGCGAAGAGGAGGAGCAGUUACGCAAACAGGAGGAAGAAGACCGCCGCAUGAAAUCCGAGAUGGAGCAGAAAAGAAAACAGGAGGAAGAGGAGAGAAAGAAAAGAGAAGAGGAAGAGCGAGUCAUGCAGGCUGAACUUGAGAUGCAGCUGGCAUUAGACAGAGAGGAAGAGACUCAGACACAGACCAUGUUGGAGCAGGAGAGGAGGGACAGAGAGUUGGCCAUGAGGAUCGCUCAGAGCGAGGCAGAACUCAUUCAGGAUGAAGCCCAAAUGGACCCCAGCUUGCGCAGUGAUGGUACCACAGGUGUUUGGUUCUUCACAGAGAUGGGUGCGCAGGUGCAGGCCAACAAGGUGGCAGCUGGGGUGAAGAAGUACGACCUGAGCAAGUGGAAGUACGCUGAGCUGCGAGACGCCAUCAACACCUCCUGUGAUAUAGAGUUGCUGGCGGCGUGUCGAGAAGAAUUUCAUCGUCGCCUGAAGGUGUACCAUGCCUGGAAAUCAAAGAACAAGAAACGAAAUACAGACACAGAGAUGAGGGCUCCCAAAUCGGUCACUGACUAUGCCCAGCAGAACCCUGCUCCGCCUGUCCCAGCCCGGCAGCAAGAGAUCGCAAUGAACCGACAGCAACGUUACUUCCGCAUUCCCUUCAUAAGGCCUGCGGAUCAGUACAAAGACCCCCAGAACAAGAAGAAAGGCUGGUGGUACGCUCACUUUGACGGGCCCUGGAUCGCCAGGCAGAUGGAGCUUCAUCCAGACAAGCAGCCGAUCCUCUUGGUAGCAGGUAAGGACGACAUGGAGAUGUGCGAGCUGAGUCUGGAGGAGACCGGGCUCACGCGAAAACGUGGAGCGGAGAUCCUCCCCCGCCAGUUUGAGGAGAUCUGGGAGCGCUGCGGCGGAAUCCAAUACCUUAGGAACGCCAUCGAAAGCAAGCAGGCCAGACCCACCUACGCGACCGCCAUGCUCCAGAACCUUCUCAAGUGAACAUCGCCCGGUUCUCCUCCUGGACCACAUUAUCUAUGCACGUGUAGAUGUAGAUGGUAACGUGGUGUAGCUAAAACAAAGGGAUGUACAACUCUAGUGGAAGCAAUUACUGUCUAAUUUACUUUUUGUUUGUAGUUUGUUCUUCAUUUUGCCGUGAGCGUAGAAACCAGUUUUCAUACAAAUCUGAGCCUUUCUUGAACCUAUUGCUCAGAGAUGCCUUAAGAUUUUCAGACCUAAUUCAUAUCUCAUUUGAUAGGGAUGCUAUUAAAAUGUU